AUGCAAUUCGAAGUAUCUGUAGCACUCAAUUUUGUUAUUGCUUAUCUUUAUAAUAAAUUACCACGUCGCCGUGUUAAUAUGUUGGGAGAAGAAAUUGAAAAACAUUUACGAAUGAAAUUUCAAGGACAUUGGUAUCCAGAAAGACCAACGAAAGGUAGUGCCUAUCGAUCAUUACGUAUUAGUAAAGAAAAAGUGGAUAAAGUAUUGGUCAAUGCUGCCGUUGAUUGUGGACUCGAUUUACAAGAAAUACUAGAUGCAUUACCAAAUGAUUUAACUAUUUGGAUAGAUCCUGGAGAAGUAUCGUAUCGCAUUGGAGAAAAAGGAGUAGGCAAUGAAUCAUCAAGUGAUAGCGAAGAAAGAGAUGGAUCAACAUUUAAUAAAGGAUCUAGCAUCUCUAUUAAGCCAUUUAAUCUUGACGCACAAGUAUUUCGUCCGAUUAUCGAUGAUGAUAAUAUAAUACAAACAUCCAUUAGUAGUCUGAUAAAUCUAUCACCGUCAUCCCCGCCAACAGUUUUUGGUAGUAUAUUAGCAUCAUCAAGUGGUUCAUCUUCAUCUGGUAGCAGUAUGAAUAGUAGUAAUAACAUUAACAGUAAAUAUUCACGCUCAUCAAAUAAUUUACUUCUUCCAACCGUAUCAUCUCCAACAAUCGGUUCUAUUAAUAAUAAUAAUACCACAACACUAACAACUAAUAACAGAGCAUUUGUAAAUAAAACACCAAGUACACCUAUGUUUAUCUCUCCAGCAACAUUUGCUCAAACAAAAUUCGGUUCAUUAAAGUCAAAACAUGCUAGUAAAAAAUGUCAACGUAUGGUACCGAGUGAAUUUUCGGCAUAUAUUAAACAAAAAGAGCAAUUACAACGUAUUAUACAAGUACAAGCAUCUCCAACAAAUGAAUUUUCUUCAUCGUUUAUCGAUAGUAACAAUCUUAUGACACCAAAUUCAUCUUUGAAUACCUCAUUUUUGCAUCAACCAGCACCAUUGCAACAAAAUACAACAACUCUAUUGAAGAGCAAUCAUCCAAUAAAUUCACAACUAUCACCGACAAUAAUACAGCCUCAUCAUCAACUAUCAAUUUCGACACAAAAUAGUUUUUCAAUGCAACAUCAACCUGUAUUUAACAAUAAAACCAACAAUUCAUUUUUUACUCCUCACAAUGUGAUGACUUCUGCUUCGUCACCAAUUUUUUCGAGAUCGUCAUCGAUGUUCGGUGCACAAACACCGUUUGCAAAUUGCAAUAAUAGUGGCAGUAAUGGCAUCGCAGCCUUACCAAGACCCAAUUCGUUAUCAUUGAAAAGUGUACCGUCACCAUCGCCGACAUCAACAAUGAUGACAAAUAAUUUAUUUGGAAAUAAUAGUGGCGGUAGUAGUCAAGAAUCGUCGUUUUCGCCAAUUAGUUUACCAUCGCCUUCAGAAAAUAGCAACAAAAAUACUCUGAAUAGUACAAAAGGUCAGUAUGCUCUGACUCCAUUUGUAUUAGCCAAUUGA